UGUAAACACUAACCUGUCAACUGAGAUGCUCUUGUGGUGUGUGUGUGUGUGUGAACUACCCGGAUAGCCGGGAUCUAGCUUACAAACGAACUUUUUUAAAUUUAAAUUUCACCUUUUAACAUCUUAUUUUUGCCGUUUUGAGUUAAUAAAUGCUGGGUUAGCUCACUCGAAUUCCCAGUUACGAUCAGUAAAUUAGCUUUCCUUGCCAGUCAUGGCUUCCUAGGGAUAAAAAAAGGUUAAAAGAAACCUUUUUACUUUUUUAUUUAUUUUUACAUCUGUUUCCCCGGAGGCCAUCUGUGGCAGGAUGAUCUCUCAGGUCUUCAUCUUGUCCUCGAAGGGGGACCAUCUCAUUUAUAAAGACUUCCGUGGAGGAGCUGGUAACGACAUUGUCAGUAUUUUCUACGAGAAGGUCACGGCGCUGACCGGAGACCAGCCUCCGGUCGUCAUGAAUCAUAAGGAUAUUUACUUCGUCCACAUCAGGCAGGGAGGACUGUACUGGGUCGCCACGACCACGGCGGGCUCCUCGCCGUUCACCAUUACCGAGUUUCUCAACAGGUUAGCAGCUCUGGUUAAAGAUUACUGCGGCAGCCUAUCAGAGAAGUCGGUGCAGAUGAACUUCGCCCUCAUCUACGAGCUGCUGGACGAGAUCGUGGACUACGGUUACAUCCAGACGACUUCCUCUGACGUCCUGAAGAACUUCAUCCAGACCGAAGCCGUCACCUCCAGGCCGUUCAGCCUGUUUGACCUCAGCAAUGUCGGCCUGUUUGGAGCAGAGACGCAGCAAAGCAAAGUGGCUCCAAGCUCUGCAGCCACCAGACCAAUCCAGUCCAGCAGAGAGCAGGGAGGGAAGAGCGAGAUAUUUGUGGACGUGAUUGAGAGGAUGACGGUCGUCAUCGGCUCCAACGGACUUCUGAUGAAGGCAGAUGUGGAGGGCGAGAUCAGAGUGAAGUGCUACAUGCCGAGCUGCUCAGAGAUGCGAAUCGGACUGAACGAAGAGUUCAGCAUCGGCAAGUCUCAGCUCAGAGGUUACGGAGCCGCCGUUCGGGUCGACGAGUGCAGCUUUCACCAGGCGGUGCGGCUGGACGAGUUUGACAGCCAUCGGAUCCUCCGACUGUGUCCCAGCCAGGGAGAGCAAACUGUGAUGCAGUACCAGCUCAGCGACGACCUGCCGUCUGCGCUUCCUUUCCGACUCUUCCCCACCAUCGAGAGAGACAACGGAGGAAGGCUGCUGAUGUACAUGAAGCUUCGCUGCGAUCUACCACCAAAGAGCGCCGCCAUCAACGUGUGUGCCACCAUCCCCGUCCCCAAAGGCUCCAUGAGUUUGUCGCAGGAGCUGAGCAGCCCGGAUCAGAGCGCCGAGCUGAAGCCGCAGAGCCGAGCCGUCGUCUGGCAGAUCGCUCGCUUCGCUGGAGGGACACAGCUCUCAGCGCUGUUCAAGCUGGAGGUCCCCAGCCUCAGCUCGGCCUCUAUGUUGGAGGUCGGUCCGGUGGGUCUGAGCUUCGAGCUGCCGAAGAUCACUGCCACGGGGCUGCAGAUCCGCUUCCUGCGCCUGUCGCCCAUCCAGCCUGGCCCCUCGCAGCGUUGGGUCCGAUACGUCACCCACUCGGACUCCUACACGAUCCGGAUCUGAACAUUUGGAUUACCUCAGCGAUGAUCUUACUGACUGAUCACAGGACUGGAGACGAGACACGUGACAUCAAUAACGCAAAUGUGAUUCUCGCUGUUUCAUCCUUUUGUGACUCUGUGUUUGGUGGUUUGUGCAGAAUCGGAGCUAUGUGCUGAUUCAGUUGAAUCAUUUCUGCUCGGUGACCAGUUCCACUUCUCUUCGUCCUCCUUGCAUUUAACCUUCUAGGCAUGACAUAAAGUUGAAAUUAAAAUUGAGCUUUAGGACACUGUGUAGCUCUUUGUUUCCUCAGGGUGGAUGGAUGGUGGCGCUGAUGAUGAGGAUGUAGGCAUCCUGGAAGUGAAGAGCCAGCUGUUACAUUUCCAUUCAGGCCUUUAUAAACAAUCCCUGUUAUUA